AGGCUGCUUCGGGGGCAUCAGGCCCUGACCGGCUGGGCGCUGAACCCGCGCGCGCGCGAGAGGCGCCGGGUGGGAAGCCCGGCAUCAGGUUUUUCCAUGUGAGUGGGGAAGACAGUUGCUGCAAGCAGAAGUGACAUAACAUUUUUCUAGAAUGUCUGAAGAUGAAGAAAAAGUGAAAUUACGCCGUCUUGAACCAGCUAUCCAGAAAUUCAUUAAGAUAGUAAUCCCAACAGACCUGGAGAGGCUAAGAAAACACCAGAUAAAUAUUGAAAAGUAUCAAAGGUGCCGAAUCUGGGAUAAGUUGCAUGAAGAGCAUAUCAACGCAGGCCGUACAGUUCAGCAACUCCGUUCCAAUAUCCGAGAAAUGGAGAAACUUUGUUUGAAAGUCCGAAAGGAUGACCUAGUACUUCUGAAGAGAAUGAUAGACCCUGUUAAAGAAGAAGCAUCAACAGCAACAGCAGAAUUUCUUCAACUCCAUCUGGAAUCUGUAGAAGAACUUAAGAAACAAUUUAAUGAUGAAGAAACUUUAUUACAACCUUCUUUGACCAGAUCCAUGACUGUUGGUGGAACAUUUCAUACUGCUGAGGCUGAAGAUGAUCCUCAGAAUAUGACUCAGGUAUAUGCGUUGCCUGAAAUUCCUCGAGAUCAAAAUGCUGCAGAAUCAUGGGAAAGCUUAGAAGCGGACUUAAUUGAACUUAGCCAACUGGUCACUGAUUUCUCUCUCCUAGUGAAUUCUCAGCAGGAGAAGAUUGACAGCAUUGAAGACCAUGUCAACAGAGCUGCUGUGAAUGUUGAAGAGGGAACCAAAAACUUGGGGAAGGCUGCAAAAUACAAGCUGGCAGCUCUGCCUGUGGCAGGUGCACUCAUCGGAGGAGUGGUGGGGGGUCCGAUUGGCCUCCUUGCAGGCUUCAAAGUGGCAGGAAUUGCAGCUGCACUUGGUGGUGGGGUGUUGGGCUUCACAGGUGGAAAACUGAUACAAAGAAAGAAACAGAAAAUGAUGGAGAAGCUCACUUCCAGCUGUCCAGAUCUCCCCAGCCAAACUGACAAAAAAUGCAGUUAGAACCCCAACUUCAGUCUUAUUGGCGCCAACGUGUCUAUCCUAAUGAGGACCUUUGCUGCUGUUGGACACUCAGUCAGUUUUGGAACAUGAUUAUAUCAAGAUAGUGGCUGUAGAUGUUCAAGUGGGAUUGAACUGUGAUAAGUGGAUAUAUUUUGUUGUUUGCUGGAGUGUUAAUGGAGAUGUUAGAGAUUGAGGAGCCUGGGAUGAGGGUGUGUAGUGUUGUCGGGUAAAGUUUAAAGACUGCCAAGGAGCAGAUUUUCUGCCUGGAAAUGUGAAAAUUGAGCUUACAACUCUGAUAAGGACUUGAGAUGUAUGGACAUGAUGGGUUAUGGAAGACUAGUUUAUUCUAUAACCCUGACUUGGAGACCCUAAGGUUAAGUAUCUUAUAAAUAUGUUUGUUUAUCUCCCAAACAUAGGAGAUUAUUUGGCCCAUUAACAAAGAAAAGAGUGGGGAGUUUAGGAGCCUUUCUUAUCAAAUAAGGAAGUCGGGAUCUCACGAGGGGGAACAGGUGAGCUACAUGGUGGAGUCCAUUUGGUGAACCUUAUUGCAGUUUGGUCACCUGUAUUUUCUGGUGACGGACACUAAUAGUGUCAGAAAAUGGAAAGAGAGGUGCAACUUCUCUUUCAGGUAACUUAAUUUGUGACACUGGCUUCUUCUCUGAACUCUUUCUGUCUCUCUUUAAAUAAAGAACACAGAAUCUCAAGUGGUAGGAGACUAUUAAGCCAGUCACUGAGCUUGCUCUGUCAGUCUGUCUCUUAACACCUCAAAGAUCCAGUGGCCUCUGCCUUCCCUCCCUUGUAAUUUUGAACAGUUCUUUGACUUGUGGGGUGAAUUCUACCCAUGUGUAAUGAGGACUUUUCUCAUAAUCUGCUUUCUUGUACUGUCUCCCAUCUCUGUUUCCUUCCAAUCAUCCUUACUUGUAACCUCUAGGUGAAAGAGAGAAAAAAAGGGAAGAGAAAUCUCCAAAUAUUUCCAACAUUGUUAGAGUUUGAGGUAAAAAAAAUAAUAAUAAUAAGCAGAAGGUAGGGGGGCACCAGAUCAUUUCUUAGGGACGUCUUACAAUUUCAAGAGACUGAUGUCCCUGCCACACAGGGACUCUCUGACCCUAAGUCUUUCUAGCUGGCCCUUGGAGGAGGGCUUUCUACCUCACUUCUGUUACUGCCAUCCUUUUCCCCAGGCUCUGCUGUCUCCUGUGCUUUCCUUUACUUUUCACAGCUGCUGUUUCUUCCCAAGAAUGGCGUUCUUGCCUGCCUUUUCUCACAUUCAAGAUGAUAGACAAAGCCUGGUGCCAAGACUCAGUCCUCACGAAGGAUUUGUGGUGCUAAUCCCAACAGAGCAAGCAUGGCCCAGCCUAACCUAGUGUCUGUCUUAUCAAAUAGCAAAGAGAUUUUAAAUUUGGGAGAAAAGAAUUCAAAAUCACAGGUAGCCUCAUUCUGCACCCCCAACUCAUUUGAAAUAGGAAGGAACUGCCUUUUGCCUUAAUUUUUACUGUUUUCUGAGAGCAGAGGAAUGGGCACCUAUACCACCAAAUGUGUGAGCUCGGGAACCAGAUUCCUCAGGUGGUUGAAUGGUUUAUCACUUCUCUCUUGUUGAGUUUACUCUUAAUAAUUUUUAUUAAUUCUACCUUUUACUUCUUUGUCUAAUCUAAACAGACCUUUCUCUCUCCCACUUUCUUGACUGUCACUAAUGAAUCUUUUUUUUCCCCUUUUAUUUAAAUGCAAGUUAGUUAACAUAUAGUGUAAUAAUGGUUCAGGAGUAGAAUUAGUGAUUCAUCACUUUACAUCCCACUCACCAAUGAAUUCUAAUGAAGAGAAAGCACCAUUUCUUACUGUCAUUCAACAACUGGAAAAUAUCAAGUAUUGCUAACUGUUGACUUGUACCUUUAGUAUAAUGCCAAGAAGGAAAUGCUUUGAAUAAGUGUUGGAUUCUAAUCCAGUAUUUGAUAUUAGAUUCCUGUAAGGUUGGGAUAUUUGGAACUCCACCUUUUUAAAUAUUUUCUGAUCCUCGCUGUCCCUUUAACAGAGGGUAUUCAAACCAGAAUGAGGAUCAGAAUCACCCAGGGUCCUUGUUUAAAACAAGAUUGCUAAACUUCAGUCCCAUAGGUACUUCUAAUAAUGACCAAUCUGGCCUGGCCAGCCAAAAUUACAAAUUUAAGGUAGAGUUACAUCAAGAUUGAGCUGUAUCAUUGAGUUCUGUAAUUUCUAGUAUUCUGCCCUUCAUUGUGGCCCAGUCUUCAUCUCGACAUAUUACUCCCACUCUGCCAACCCGCACUUGGCUAUGCGUUUUAAGCCCACCUGCUGAACAGCACCAGGGACUAGUUUUACACUGGGGCUGGAGGAGGGAGGAGGCCUGUAACUGAAGCUCACAUUUCGUCUGGGGAUCUCAUUUAUACUCCCACUGCAUGUUCCUAUCAUAUAGACCUUUGGUUUUCAGUAGUCGUCAGGAUUGGAAUAUUACUCUAGCAGUCUUCAUGUUCAGGCAAGUUACAGCCCUUUUAAAAAGUUUUACAAUUUAAAAUUAUUUAGAAAUUGUAUCUAAUUUCCCCAUAAUAGAACUUAAUAGCUAACUUUUUGUAGGAAUUUCUUGAAGUGUUUAAUCAACCUAUAAAGUGUUUAGAGGUAUAAAUUAGACAAUAUGACACAGAAACCAAUCUUAAACUGAAUUUAAUGCCCUACAGUAUCAGAUUAAGUUCAUCUUCUCUGUGAUUCAUGUCUUAUUUUUACUAGAUCACAUUAGAAGAUAAGGGGCACUUUGAUUAAGUUCUUAACAUUUACAGAGGUACCAACUUCCAGUUAUAAAGAAGUCAUGGGUGAAAAGUACAGAAUGGGGGUGGGGAGAAUGUACUGAGGCUCAUUUGGAUAAAGGCAGUGCUCCUAAAGACUGUUUUUCCUGAAGACUUUUGUGAUGUAAUAACUUGAGAAUUUCUCUGUAGAGCAGAGACUUUGAAACUUUUUGGUUGUAACUCACAGUAAAAAAUGCAUUUAUAUCAAAACUCAGCAUAUGCAUAAUGGAGCAACAUUAUGUGUAGGGUACUCUGAUGCUUUUUAUUGUUUCAGUUUUUAAAAUAUGCUGGUUGCAACCUACCAAAUUGAUUUCAUAAUCUACCAAUGGAUUGUGACCCUUAGUUUGAAAAGAAGAAAACACCUUAUGGAGGAACUGAUAUUUAUUGAAUAUCUUUUGUUUUCCAGGCACUUCACUAGGCAUUUUACAGGUAAGGACACUGAGUCUCAGAGAUGUUACAUGAUUUGCAGGGGGGUAUUCAGCUGUAAAAAGUUGAAGCCAGGAUGUUCACUAGGUCUCUUGAACUACAAAAAUUUCUAUUACUCUCCUACUAUGCUACUUCUGUAUAUAAAAUUGAGGUAGGCCAUUCGUCCUGCUUCAGCCAAACCCCAAUUUAUUCUGUAAGGCAGGCUUGCUGUGAAUUUACAUAUGCCAUUCGUUUGCAGUGGGUUUUUUUUUUCCUAAUCUUUUGUCACAAAGUGUCCCACAUCCUCAGAGUUUUCAAUAGUGGCUGAUGCAGAAGUACCCAGUGCUGAAUUUGGUCCUUAGACUAUGAAAUUAAAAAUGUUUCCAUUCCACCUGCACAUCCUACAAAUUUUCUUGUAUUCCAUGGGUUAGAGCCAUCUCUUAAGCAGUGCUUUUUGAUAUUAACAAUGAACUCUACUGCAAAAUCUAUCAUAACUCAUAGAAUCAAAUGAUUACUCUCCUUUAAAAUGGUACCCUUGGGAGGCCACGCACUUACUGUAGUGAUGCUAGUAUUACUUAGAACAUUUUUGAAACUUUUCUUUUGAAAUCAUCUCCAAAGACAUUUUAUCAAACACAUAGAAAAGCCACCUCGGUGUUGAUUAGUCAUAAAUUACACUCCCUUGUCCUUAUGACCUUUCCUCUCUUCCUUUCUCAGUUUUGCUUUUCUUCUACUGGCUUAGCUCUCCUACCCACCUAUUCUGGAGCUAGUAACCUAAGGAUGCCCAGAAAGGGGGUGUGCUGGCCAGAGUUCCUGGAGCAAGAACUUUUAGUUUAUAUUGAUGCUGAAUGCUGCAAAGGGAGAAUCCUAUGAGUCCAAAAACCUUUCUCUGUGGGCUGCCUGCCUGCCUGUAAGUGUCCUACGUAGUUUGCACAGGAGUAAGGACUGAAUACUGGUAAUAUCAAUCACAGGAAGUUGAGGAAGCCUGAAAUAUACAUAAAUCAUGUAUAACAUUUUCCUCCAGUGAAAAACAGAAACCAAACCAACCUAUGCUUUGUGUUAACUUAAAACUGAAAGGUCUUUCUCAGGGCCCCCUUUGCCCUUCAUUGCUGCCACUUGAAAUCUGGGAGGAAGAAUGAUGAAAAGCUUGGGAAAAAGGUUCUCCUGUGAAAUGGACAUGUUCUUCUCUUGUAAUCAAGCAUAACAUGGCUUUGGCUCUCAGGUACUUAUGAAUGUUAGACAAUGUUCGUAAGUAGUCAGAGGAGUCCUAAAAGGUAGGAAAGCUUCCCCAGUAGCCUAAGAUAAUGUAAACAAUUGAGGUUCUGUUUGUGUUUUUAAACAACACUUCAUUUUGUUUCUAGCAAGUGGUUCUCACUAUUUAUAUUCAUUAAUUUGACACCAUUUUACAGAGAAACUUCUUGGGUAUUAUAAACAAUCAGUGGCAAAAUGUCCAUAUGUUAUCCACAUUGCCACCUUCGAAGAAAUUAUUUAUUUUUGGAGAUAAAAAAUAUUUAUGUGCAAAUUUAACAAAAGAAAUAAAUUGAAUAAAAAUGUAAAAAGGUGUCAGAGGCAAAUGAUUUACCCAAGAUCAAAGCUAGUUAGCACCACAGCUAGAAUUAUAACCAAGGUCUAAGAAAAAAAAUCCUCAAAGUAAUUUAACUGAGGUUUUGUUAUGUCAUAUUAAGUUGCCUGCUGAGGCUUAUGGACUUUCAGACCAGCUUUAACAUUCCAAAUCAGGCAAUAGCAAUAGUGAAAAGGAAAUUGGGUGGGGAAUCAGGAGAUCAGAGGCUAGUUUUGGCUUUGUCUCUUGCAUAGUAAGCUUUUUCUCAGGGGUGCCUGCCUUCUUCUGCUCCAGCCAGGGAUUCGCCAACCAUAAACCUUAGGGGUUAGUAACUUGACACUCUGCAUUCUUUAUAUAUAGCCACUUACUGGGUCUUGUCAAUUCUACUUUGAAUGUUAGUUGCAUCUACUUAUAAAUAUAUUCAUGGUCAUCACUCUAGUAAAAAACUGUAUUUCCAUACACCCCCUACCUCAUUUUCCCCAACUUUACAGCAUUCCUCACAUCACUGCCACAAGAGUGAGAACUAGGUCCGUCUUCCAUUUUUCUGCUGAUUGUCAGUGGCUCCACUGAAUACUUGAUAAAGUUCAGACCCCUUAGGUUGGCAUUCACAGCUUGCCAUAUUCCGGCCCCAGCUUUAUCUCUUCAAACUCAACUACUCCCCAUCUGACAAUGCCACUGAGAAUCAGACAUUCCACAAAAAUGAUUUUAAAGUUUUUCUUUGAAGUUACAAACUGGCAAUAAACUGUUUACAUUUGUCCAGACGGAAAUAAUUUCUGUAAUACUACAUUUUACAGAACUAGGUAGCCCAAAAGUUGUUUCUUAAGGAAAACCUUUUGUCCCCCCAGAAGGAAUUAUAUUCAGUUUCUUAAUCUCCAAAACAAUGUCAGUCCUGUUGACUGUGUAUGUCAUAGCCAAAGCGGGGGGUUUUUCUUCAGCAACAUAGAUACUCCAGGCUUGAAUGGACCAUUGUCCAGCUCCUUUGAGAAACUUGACUAAUAAAUAUUUGAGAAAAACAACUCAAGAGUACAUGUUAUUCGUACAUUUCUCAAGUACUUGAGAUUUUCUUGUAUUAUGGUUAAUCAUUAAAAAGAUGUUUACCUGGGUUUUAUUAAAUCUCCUAAACAUAGUUUCCAUUUUAUUGUUAAACCCUUGAUGUUAGCAAGGGUCAGCACAAGAAAAGGCCCAAUGGUGAGAAUUUCUACAAAUUCUGUAAAGCUUACUGAAUUCAUUAUGUUGUUGAGUGGUGCUUGUAUAAGAAAACAUGCAAUAAAAUUCAUUCAACAAA